GAUGCGAGAUUGCGAUCCAUCCACCAUUAGCCUAGUACCGAUCGCCUAGGCGUAAACUACCUCUCGCCGGUGGCGAAAUGGAGGCUUGUUUGGUGAAAUGCUGCCCUGGUAACGCUCUCCGAAGAGUACUCAAGCCCCUUCGUUGUUCUUCUUCCAUGGCUAUCCACUCUGGGAAAAUUUCGGUUAAAACAGCAUAUGACGCGGUGCUGUUGGACGCUGGAGGUACCCUCUUACAAUUGGCAAGGCCUGUGGAAGAGACUUACGCCUCCAUCGGAGCCAAAUACGGUCUAAAAGCAACUCCAUCUGACAUAAAGAAAGGAUUCAAGAGAGCCUUUUCUGCUUCAUGGCCCGAGAAGCUUCGUUAUCAGGGAGAUGGGAGGCCCUUCUGGAAAAAACUUGUUUCUGAAGCCACUAGUUGUGCAAAUGAAGAUUACUUUGAAGAAGUCUACCAGUAUUAUGCAAAUGGGGAUGCUUGGCAUCUUCCGGAUGGAGCACAUCAAACUAUAAUCCUUCUCAAAGAUGCUGGAGUUAAAAUGGCUGUUGUGUCCAAUUUUGAUACCCGAUUAAGGAAGCUGUUGAAGGACCUUAAUGUCAUAGAUCUGUUUGAUGCUGUGAUCAUUUCUUCAGAGGUUGGAUAUGAAAAGCCAGACGCAAGGAUAUUUAAAGCUGCUUUAGAUCAAGUUGGUGUAGAGGCUGGCAGGUCUGUACACAUUGGAGACGAUGAAAGGGCAGAUAAGAUGGGGGCCAAUGCUGUCGGAAUUGAUUGCUGGUUGUGGGGAAGAGAUGUAAAGACAUUCUCAGACAUACAAAAGCGCAUCUUCAUCUCGGAUGCAUAGCUUCUGAUAAAUUAGGUGUCAGACUUGGCAUCUUCUUGACAGUAAUUCUUAAUUUUUAGUUUCUAUAGUUUAUUGCCUAUUCACAUCAAUGUUGAUGUUAAACUGUGAUUCAGCUCUUGUAUGCUUGAUAUAUAUAUGACAGACAUUAUUAUUCAACCUCCUUGAUUUCUUGAAAGAAUAACAUAGUCAUGGAUUUUAAGAAAGUUAUGUUUAUUUCCUUAAAUUCACGAACUGUCAAAGAUAGAUGCCGUUGGCCAAAAAAAUUCAGGGAUAGGUGUCUGUUCUGUAUUUAACUAAUGAGUUAUAUCAAUCUUUGUAACCCAAUGCAUUCUGGCUGGUAAGUACUUGAAUUUCAUUCAGACAUCUCUGACAAUGAAACUAACAAUUGAAA